AUGAAUUACGAAAAGAUAAAGAAGUUACAGCAAAAUGCAGCACAAGUUCGCACAGGUGGCAAGGGAACCGCACGUAGGAAGAAGAAGGUUGUACAUAAGACGGCUGCUACCGAUGACAAGAAAUUACAGAGCAAUUUGAAGAAACUUUCAGUGACCAACAUCCCAGGAAUUGAGGAGGUAAAUAUGAUAAAAGAUGAUGGAACAGUGAUUCAUUUCAAUAAUCCGAAGGUUCAAGCAUCGGUGCCAGCGAAUACAUUCUCAGUUACUGGUAGCGCUGAGAACAAACAGAUCACGGAGAUGUUGCCAGGCAUUCUGAAUCAGUUGGGUGCGGAGUCAUUGACUCAUUUGAAGAAAUUGGCUAAUAAUGUGACAAGUCGAUUCAAGACAGCCGACGAUGAUGACGUUCCAGAUUUGGUUGGUGAUUUCGAUGAAGCGUCGAAGAACGAGUCAAAAGUUGGUGGUGAAUGCAAAGAGGAUCAUGAUCACGAGCAUGAUCAUGAUCAUGAUCACGAACAGGAGAAAGAGAAUGCAAAAGACGCAGAAGUAGCGGAUGAAUCGGCCGAAGCAACGGUCAACGAGAUCGAGAAGAAGACGCCGGAUGCCGUACCUGAUGCUAUCCGCCUCAUUUAUCUGAGAGAAAGUGCACUUAAAGUUAAUGUUUUAGUGAUGCGUUUAGCACGACCAAAGCUUUACGAUGCGGUAUGUUUGCCGAUUGAUCCAGCCGACUCGAUGAGUGAAUUGAUCGGUUCAGCAGUAUGUCGACUAACAGGUCAGGAGUCUGCCGAUGAGCCGAUCGGUGAGUAUCUGAUGGCACCGCAGAUCUUUGAUAAUAUUUAUUUGGGUGAAACGUUCACGUUUUAUGUAAGCGUUCAGAACAACAGCACUCAAUGUGCUGCUGAAAUCUGCAUUCAAGUAAGUGAUCGUUUCAUCAAAUUUGCAUUUUUCUUCGAAUGUAUUACUUUAUUUGUCUCAUUUGCUCGAAUCCACAGCAUACUACAGACUGAUUUGCAAACGACAAAUCAGCGUGUUGCACUGCAUUCGAAGCUACAAGAUGCAAAUGCGACCUUGCAAUCAGGACAAAUACUCGGUGAAGUGAUCAGUCAUGAAAUCAAAGAAAUUGGACAACAUAUAUUAGUGUGUACAGUGUCGUACAAAACGUCCAGUGAUGAGAAAAUGCAUCUUCGAAAAUAUUUUAAAUUUCCAGUCACAAAGCCAAUUGAUGUUAGGACUAAAUUUUACAAUGCUGAGAACAACGAUGUCUAUUUGGAAGCACAAAUUCAGAACACAUCUGCCACUCCGAUGAUUUUAGAGAAAGUUAUUCUGGAGCCUUCUGACUUUUAUACUUCGACUGAAAUAACCCUGCCGUUCUCGAGUGAAAUAAGUAAGCAGCAGUUCUAUUUGAAUCCGAAGGAUAUACGUCAGUACUUGUAUUGCUUGAAGCCGAAAACUGCUGACUACUCGCUGAAUUAUUAUAGGGGAGGCACAUCUAUAGGUAAAUUAGAUAUGGUGUGGAGGACAAGCAUGGGUGAACGAGGACGCUUGCAGACAAGUGCUCUUCAAAGAAUGGCCCCGGGAUAUGGUGAUCUCCGAUUAACAAUCGAAAAAAUACCAGCCACUGCAAAAGUUCGACAAACUUUCGAAGUAGUUUGUCGGCUGCACAACUGUAGUGAACGUUCAUUGGAUCUCGUAUUGACUUUAGACAGUAGUCUGCAACCAGCACUAGUAUUGUGCUCAACAAGUGGUGUUCAGCUGGGCCAGCUACCACCCAACAGCACUGUUGAUUUUACCCUUGAAAUACUACCUAUUACACCUGGAUUGCAGUCAAUAUCCGGUAUACGUGUCAGCGAUACAUUCCUGAAAAGAACUUACGAACAUGAUGAUAUUGCUCAAGUCUUUAUUACGUAAUUUUUGUUCCAUCUAUCACCAAAACGUGAUAGAUCGUCGAAUGAAGAGGGAGUUAUGGUUGCAUGGAUCUCAGCGAGAAAUGACGAUCUGCUAAAAAAAAAAAAGGAGGCAGAUAGCGCGAGAGCAUCAGAACCAGUGUCGGAAAAACGUCAUCGAAGAACUUCGAUCAUGUGA